AGCCAACGCGAAUGCGAAGGCGGGCAUUCAGGUCAAGCACUCCAAAUUGGCGGAGUCCCAACCUUUGAAGGGCCCCAGGACAGCUGGGAGUGGAGGCAGGGCAGGAGAGGGGACAUUAAGCCCGCAGCGUACUCCAGCUCCUUCCAGCUGCACUUCCUGGGACGCUGGUCUGGACAGGCAGCGAAGACUGGCGGUCAUGGGGGAGAUGGGGCCACUCGUGGCCGAGUGUUUUGGAGCCAAGUUCUGAUUCUGGAGAUAGUGCCGACGUGCUCAGUCACAGGGCUGGCUCUAACUCCCGGCGGCCGAGCACAGUCUGCCGCGGUUAAUGAUUGAUCGCUGACGACCCCGCCUUCCUGCAGCUCCAGAGAUUGCUCCCAGGGUGGUUCUGGCCCCAAGUGCCAGACAGCUGGAAGGGGUGCAGAGGGCUGCAAGGCGGACGGUGCACCCAGGUCUGGGAGAGAAAGGGGGUCGCGAGGGAGAGGGGGACUGUGGGUUUCACUCCUACUCUCUCCUGAAGAUUAGAAUCUCCUUCCUCCGCCCUCUCCCCGCCUCUUCAUAGGCUCACACUCUAAACCCCACCCCCAGGCCUCUUGGGGCCUCUCGUAGGCUGGGCCGUUUCAGGAAGUUUUCAUUGAAAGCACCUGAAAUACUAAGUUAUCCUUGCCAGCGAGAGAAGUCCCGUGCCCAGUCUGGUGAGUUGCAGCCAAGAGGUGGGCUCUACUGGGGGAAGAAAGAGAAGUUGGAGAGGCUUUGGACUGGUGGUGAGGCUGUCUUCCUCAUGACUUCACCCAGUAACCCGGGCAGUGACUGCUCCCAUGUCAUCGAUCACAGUCAUGUCCCUGAGUUUGAGGUGGCCAUGUGGAUCAAAAUCACCCUCACCCUAAUAUACUUGAUCAUCUUUGUGGUGGGCAUCGUGGGAAAUAGCGUCACCAUUCGGGUCACCUGGGUGCUACAGAAGAAAGGCUACUUGCAGAAGGAGGUGGCGGAUCACAUGGUGAGCUUGGCUUGCUCGGAUAUCCUGGUCUUUCUCAUUGGCAUGCCCAUGGAGUUCUACAGCAUCAUCUGGAGCCCUCUGACCACACCCAGCUAUGCCCUGUCCUGCAAGCUUAAAAACUCUUUCCUCUUUGAGGCAUGCAGCUACGCCACGCUGUUGCAUGUGCUGACGCUCAGCUUUGAGCGCUAUGUUGCCAUCUGUCACCCCUUCAGGUAUAAGGCCAUGUCGGGACCCCGCCAGGUGAAGCUGCUGAUUGGCUUCGUCUGGGUCACCUCCGCCCUAGUGGCAUUACCCUUACUUUUUGCCAUGGGUAUUGAGUACCCCCUGGUGAGUGUGCCCAGUCACCGGGGUCUCACUUGCAACCGCUCCCGCACUCGCCACCAUGAGCACCCCGAGACCUCCAACAUGUCCAUCUGCACUAACCUCUCCAGCUUCUGGACCGUUUUUCAGUCCAGCAUCUUCGGCGCCUUCGUCAUCUACAUCGUGGUCCUGCUCUCUGUGGCCUUUAUGUGCUGGAACAUGAUGCAAGUGCUCACCGGGAGCAAGCAGGGCAAGCUGGCUGGGAGCCCCCGGCAGCCGCAGCUGAGAAAGUGCGAGAGCGAGGAGAGCAGGACUGCCAGGAGGCAGACCAUCAUUUUCCUGAGACUGAUCGUGGUGACGUUAGCGGUAUGUUGGAUGCCCAACCAGAUUCGGAGGAUCAUGGCUGCGGCCAAGCCCAAGCACGACUGGACGAAGUCCUACUUCCGGGCAUACAUGAUCCUCCUGCCCUUCUCGGACACCUUCUUCUACCUCAGCUCGGUGGUCAACCCACUCCUGUACACCGUGUCCUCACAGCAGUUCCGCAGGGUGUUCGGGCAGGUGCUGCGCUGCCGCCUGACGCUCCAGCACGCCAACCAGGAGAAGCGCCUGCGCGCCCUCCACCAUUCCUCGGCCGACAGCGCGCGCUCUGCCCGCCCGCUGAUCUUCUCUACCCGGCGCAAAUCCUCUGCGAGGACAACUAACAAGGUUUUCUUAAGCACCUUUCAGAGCGAGGCCAAGCCCGAGUCUAAGCCCCAGCAGCUGAGUCUCGAGUCACUAGAGCCCAAGGCAGAGACGAAACCAGUCAGCUCUGUUGCAGCGGAGAACGGUUUUCAGGAGCGUGACCUGUGAGUGUCAGGGAAGGAAGCGCUG